AUGGAGCUGGUCAACAGGACAGAGGUCUCUGAGUUCUUUCUGAAAGGAUUUUCGGGCUACCCAGCCUUGGAGCACCUGCUCUUCCCUCUGUGCUCAGCCAUGUACCUGGUGACCCUGCUGGUGAAUACAGCCAUCGUGGCAGUGAGCGUGCUGGACGUCCACCUGCACACACCCAUGUACUUCUUCCUGGGCAACCUCUCCAUCCUGGAUAUCUGCUACACGUCCACCUUUGUGCCCCUGAUGCUGGUCCACCUCCUGUCGGCCCAGAAGACCAUCUCCUUUCUUGGCUGCGCGAUGCAGAUGUGUCUGAGCCUGUCCACGGGCUCCACAGAGUGUCUGCUGCUCGCCAUCAUGGCCUAUGAUCGCUACCUGGCCAUCUGCCGGCCACUCAGGUACCCUGUGCUGAUAACCCACCGGCUCUGCUUGCUGCUGGCGGGAGCCGCCUGGGUACUCUGUUUCUUCAAGUCAGUGACUGAGACAGUCAUCGCCAUGAGGCUGCCCUUCUGUGGCCACCGUGUGGUCAAUCACUUCAUCUGCGAAAUCCUGGCAGUCCUGAAGCUGGCGUGCGGUGAUGCGUCAGUCAACGAGGUCUUCCUGUGGGUGGGUGCCAUCCUGCUGCUGCCCGUGCCCCUGGCGUUCAUCUGCCUGUCCUACAUGCUUAUCCUGGCCACCAUCCUGAGGGUGCCCUCAACCGCUGGACGCCACAAGGCCUUCUCCACCUGCUCGGCGCACCUGGCUGUGGUGCUGCUUUUCUUCAUGUACAUGAAACCCAGGAGCAAGGAGGCCCGCAUCUCUGAUGAGGUCUCCAUGGUCCUCUAUGCUGUGGUCACGCCCAUGCUGAAUCCCGUCAUCUACAGCCUGAGGAACAAGGAAGUGAAGGAGGCUGCCAGGAAGGUGUGGGGCAGGAGAUGGACCUCCAGGUGA